AUGCGAAACCAGAGGGAAUUAGGUCUAGGACCGAAGAGAAUAUGGACAGGUAACAUAAAAGAAGAUUUGAGAAAACACGGAAUAUCCAGAGCCUUACUGCUCGCAGCUUUAGCGGGAGAGCUCAAAGCUGCAAUAGCCAACGACGUUGUGUCCAAGAACAUCACAAUGGUGUUGGAAAACCUCUUGAAGAAUUAUGAGAGUUCCCAAACGCCUACCCAUGGAAAAGGAUUAUUCGAUGGACUGCUACUUCAGGCAAUACUGGCGGGACACCCGACUCAGCUUCUUAGGCCCUAUAAAGAGCCUAAGCCUAAGUAUAAAGAUGUUGGAGAGGAUCUGGCGGCCGGACACCUACUUCUACAACGGCAAACACUCCUACGUACACACGAUAACAGUCCCCAACAAGCUGCUGAGGAUCUCUCAGGAAGGGGAUAUUCUGUACUCCAUGAGGUUGACAAUAAAAGCGAAAUGCCCAAUGGAAUUACACAAUUUUCCCAUGGAUCGUCAAUCAUGUCCUCUAAUUCUUGGAAGUUGAUUUCUUUUGAGGUCGAAAUAAGGCCCCUGCCUUCCGCCUUGGUAUAUAAAGACAAAACGCCCCGAAACGCAUAUCCAAGCAGACAACUCGUCUACCAGUGGCAAUCAGGAAAGAGUGUCAGUUUCGAAUCAGGAAUGGCUCUGUCACAGUUUGAUUUGCUAGAAAGUCCUCAGAGAAACCUUACUUUAAAAAGGAGAGAGGGAGAAUUCUCUCUCCUCCAAGUUAAUUUCAACCUUCGCCGACAUACCGGUUACUUCUUAAUACAAGUCUACGUCCCCUGCAUCCUCAUUGUAGUCCUCUCCUGGGUGUCAUUUUGGAUCCAUCGAGAGGCGACCUCAGACCGCGUUGGAUUGAGGGUACAUCUGUGCUGUGGGGUGCGGGCAUCGGCGGGGAUCGUACAUAACCUGGUGGUUUUAACCAAUCCCAACCUAGCCUCGCAGCCCGGACAGGAAGCGGAAGGGGAGAAGGGACUAGAAGACAAUCGGUGGUCUCAUUUAAAAAACCGCGAGCUCUCAGAAAAGAUUCUGAUGGCUAAUUGUCCGACCCAACAAAAGCCAAGUAUUACAACAGUGCUCACCUUAUCAACAAUUGGACUAGACAGUCGCACUGAUCUUCCUAAAGUCAGAUAUGCUACAGCUUUGGAUUGGUUUCUACUUAUGAGCUUCUUUUACUGUAUUGCUACACUGCUAGAAUUUGCAGGAGUUCAUUAUUUUACUAAAGUAGGAAGUGGAGAAAUUCCCAUGGAUGAGGAUGAAUGGGAAGAUGUAGAUGAAAUAGAAAUGAUAGGUCCAUUAGACCCACCACCAUUAGAAGUCAUUCAUAGAGGAAGAAGGAAAAGUUCUCUUAUAUGCCCUAUAUAUAAUGAUCCUGCACUAGGGAAUUCUCCUAAAAGACUCUCUCUAACUCAGGGACUAGCAUCAUUGGGACCUAAAGUACAAACUUCUGGCAAUGUCAUGGUAGAAAGACAAACCCAAACAGAUACUAAAGUUCCUCGAUGGAAACAGAUAUUUUACUGCUUGGUUGGAGAUGAGACAUAUCGAAGAGAAAGGCAGAGGGAAGCAUCAAGGGGGCAUAAAAGGGUGAACAGUGUGUCUUAUAUUGAUCGAGCUGCCAGAGUACUUUUUCCAACUUCAUUUGCUCUUCUAAAUGUUGUAUAUUGGCUUCUUUAUUUUAGAUAUCAACAACAAUUUCAUUGGAAACCACCUCCUUCUGCCUUAUAAUCCAUUGUUCAUAAUUAAAAUACUCAUAAUUUAAAUAUUCUAUUUUC